AUGCGCUCAGAACAGAUGCUAGCAGUAGCCGGGGGGAACAACAGUUUGAACAAUUCUGCCUUCCUGGCUGUGGCCGAGAAAGGAAUGUCCCUCUUCUGUAGCUCCAAAACCAAUUUCGGAAUCGUCUAUGCCCGAAGAGACGGAGGACUACCCUGCACAGAACCUCUGGUGGGCGUCGGGGGUAGAGACACAAACUCCUCGCUCUCCGAAACAGUAAACAUGACAUAUCUAAUAUUUUUUCUCCUUAUGAUGUCUGAAUUCCGCACGUUAAUACUAGCUUUAUUUGUAGUAACAGCUCCCAAAUCAACUUACACAGUAAAAUAUGGGGAUACAGUAAAAAUGUCAUGCCACUUUCCAUUCCAAAAAGAUGAAGAUCUAAAUAAGCUGAAAGUCUCCUGGCAACAUCAUGAUCCAUACAAGAAAACACAAGUAGUAAAGUUUACCAAUGGAAAGGAGGAACCAAUUCACCAGGGGAACCCAUAUCAUGGGAGAGCCUCUUUGUUGACGAAAGAGCUGAUAAAAGGAGAGGCCAUUCUUCAAAUUAAGGAUGUAAAGCUCACUGAUGCAGGAGCAUACUUUUGUAUGUUACAGUCUGAAGGAUCUGACUUCAAUAAAAUUAGACUAGAAGUCCUAGCACCAUACACAGAUAUUCAGAUGUCCUUUCAUGAAUCAGCCAGUCAAAUAUAUCUGACAUGCCAUUCAGUGGGUUUUCCAAAGGCAGAUGUCUACUGGAUAAGAAAUGGUGUCAACAUAAGCUCUCCAGCAAAUACUUCUCAUAUUCAGAAUGAAGAUGGUUUUUAUAAUACCACAAGCACAAUAAAAAUAUUGGACAGAAAGCAAAGCUACAGCUGUGUCUUCUGGAACAAAGCACUCAAUGAAACAACAGAAGCUUCCAUUGGACAUUCAGAUACUGAUUAUUAUGACCCUUUGAUUACAAUGAAAAUCAUCAUUCCUUGCUUGGUUUUAAUGGUUAUAUUAUCUGUAGUAAUAAUUUACUUGAAAAGACAAGCUUGCUUCAAGUGUUUCAGGAAAAAAG